CUAAAUCUAGAUCUAAAUAUGUGUCGGUAACAUAGGGCAUACACCAACGAAAAGGGCUCAUCAAACGAACACCGAAACUAGAUCUAGAUGUCUUUAUUGCACAUGAACGAUCUAUAGAGUCUACCUAGGCCUAGAUAUUAUAGAUCUUAUAGAAUCUAGAUUUCGACUAUUUUUUACUAUAGGCGUUACUAGAUUUAUAUCUAUACUAGUUAUUAUUCUAUAGGUCACUACUAGUGACACUAGUCUAUAUAAUAUUAAAAUUCAUUGCAGUGGACUGAAUGUUUUAAUUGAGCUGUGACUGGCAAUGUCAAGAUUUACUGAUCAAUUUGGGUUUGAAAGUGAAGCCAGAGGAAAUCCUAACUCAAGAAGACCACAGUCACAUACUAAACCAAACAACUAUGACAGCUUCAAUGACAGACGUGCUCGGCCAAUCCCAAAUAGAAGUGGAUACCCAAGAAGAGAUUCAAGAGGUUCUUAUGAGAACAGGCAGACGGAGCAAAGAGAAGAUGAUGACAUAAGUAUGAACAGCCAUGGAGAUAGAGGAGAUGCAGAAGGUGCUAGCAUGCAAGGCCGGGGUGGCAGAGGGCCUAGAGGUAGAGGAAUCAAGGAAAUAAAACCUAUGACUUAUGGCAGGCUAAAAACUUGGGCUGAGUCCGAAGAUGCCGGACAGUUGGUAUUGUUCAUGGCGUCAGAGAGAAAGCAGAUUGAGACUUGUUUAAAUCAAGACAAUAUAAAACCUGAUUGGUUUACUUUGCUAGUAAAAGCUGUUUCCCAUGCCAUUACAGCCCAACACCAAAAAGAGUCAAUCAUACAGUUGCUGGAUGUCAUGUGUACGUCUCGCUUUCUUGAUACACACUUAACUUUGUAUGUUAUGGAUAGAGUUGAAAAUUUAACAUCGGCAGAACAAGAAUUUUUUUUCCAAUCCAUGAUCAGCAUACUGAAUGAAAUUCUAGACAAGGUUCCUAAACAUUCCUCUAAAUGUGUUUUUCCUGCAAUCCAGUUGUCUCAGACAUUUACAGAAACUGGGUGUACAAAUCAAGAAAUUUAUGAAUCACUCAGAGCUAUUAGCUUACGCUCUAAAGAAAGUCACCAAAAAGAGAGAAAAAAGCAAGAGUUGAGCAGUAAACCAGCAAGUAAUUUUACUAGAGCUAAUCAGAAUGAAAAGCCGCCAGACGACUUCAUGGAUUUGGAUGUCGUGCCUAUGAUAAGUGACCUAAAAGAAGACGCCAAACCUUUUGUUAGAUGCGCUGUCACAGAGGGAGCAUACGAGGAUGUGAAAAACUACUUGGACAUUCAGUUUCGCUUAAUGAGGCAGGACUUCAUAUCUCCUCUGCAGAAAGGUAUCAAUGAAUUCAGGAAGAACGGGUGUAAAAAGAAUUUUAAGUGCUCCGAUUUGAGGCUUUAUUUCGAUGUGCAUGUUAUUGGUACCGUGUUUAAAGAUGGUAUUGACCACAUCCUCCAGUUUGACGUCUCCAAGAUGGCCGGAGUGAAAUGGGAGUUCUCCAAGCGUUUAAUAUUCGGAUCUCUCUUAUGCUUGUCCAAAGACAAUUUCGAGACAGUCAUCUUCGCCACUGUCGCGCACCGGGACCCAGCUGAAUUAAAGAAGGGAAACAUCUCUGUCAGUGUUAAAAGGGGACUGGACGUCGUUUUUAAUUCUAGUUCAAGUGAUUCGUUCAUAAUGGCAGAAACCACAGCCUACUUUGAGUCCUACUGUCACGUCCUGGAAGGCCUUAAAGAAAUGGUUUCUCAUCUCCCAUUACAGGACUACAUCAUCAGCUGCAAAAAAGAAAUUAAACCCCCAAAAUAUCUGCUUCCAUCUGGUGGAAUUCAACAGUUGGCACUCUACAAUUUAUCCUGCCUUCUCAAGAACGGUGACGCCACACAGUAUCCUGUUCUUACUACCACACGGUGGCCACCAGCUGAGGCCAUGUGCUUGAAUUCUUCGCAGAGACUUGCCGCCAUCUCUGCACUAACUAAAGAAAUUGCAGUCAUUCAAGGCCCUCCUGGCACAGGAAAAACGUAUGUUGGGCUCAAAGUUAUGCAGGUUCUCAUUGAAAAUCAGUCCGUGCUGCCAGGCAACACUGAAAAUAAAAACGAUCCUAUCCUAGUCGUCUGCUACACUAACCAUGCUUUAGAGCAGUUUCUGGAAGGAGUUUUGGAGUUCUGUAAAGACGGUAUAAUCCGCAUUGGUGGUAAAAACAAAUCGGAAAAAUUAGAAAAGUUCAACAUCAAAAAUCUUCGAUUGGCUUUCAGGAAGGAAAAAAAGUUUUUUGACUUGUCUGCCAGAAACUCAAGGUAUGAGUGCAUUAGGGAGCUAGAAGUGAUAGCGGAAGAAAUUGAGCAGUUAAACAAAAAAAUGGACUCCCUUGAUAUUGACAUUCAAACAGAAGAUGUCCUCUGUGAGUUCAUGCUGGACGAGCACUUUGACUCUUUAAAAAACAAUGGGGCCAGUUCAAAUUCACGUAGAGCUCAAAUGCGCCAGUGGCUGAAUGCUUCAGCUGGUAACCCAGAGGCUGUUUUACCCAAGAUGAUCAAGCAGCAUAUGACCAAUCUUAUUUUGAAACUACCCUUGACAGCUUGGGAUGGAAAAAUUAAUAGUAGAAUGGAUAUACUUCAAAGGUCUAGCAUAUAUUGGAAUAUUUUGACAAACUACAGGAGUCAUUUGUACCAACUAAAGCAAUUAAGCCAAAACAAACAUGAUCAAAUCGAAAUAGAUCGUUUAUUGGAACUUUCAAAUAAAAAAAUUCUCUCUGAUAAGGACCUGCUCUCAUUCAUGCAACCAACUUUGCUGUCAGAAAUAGAAAAUUAUGUCAAGAUUGACAAAAAAUAUACUCGAUCAGGUAUGGCCAUAGAAACCUGGUUACUGGGUACUUUGAAACACCUAAAUAACCAGUUGGAUGAUAUUCAGACCUUGACAGACUACUUAUCUGGUGAGAAUACCGUCACUGACACUUUUGACGAUUUUGAUGCAGUUAAACAAGUUCAAGAUGACAGGAUUGAUGAUGAUGAUAAUGAUGAUAGUGAGAAUUACAGUAAAAAAAUAAAAAAUGCAAAAGACAAAUUUAUCUCUGUAAUGAAAAGAGCAGAACUUUUAGGAAUCCAAGAAGAUAUUCUGGAUGAUGAUGAUGAUGGUGAUGAUGGUGGCUGGAAAGUAGCAAGCUAUGCCAAGCCUUUAAGUUUUGGAAAAAUCAGACAAAAAAUUACAUCGACCAAGCCCAUGACAGCAGACGAGGAAAAUGCUGUGGGAGACAUCUGGAAACUAGAUCUCAAUAAGAGGUUCGCUUUGUAUAAUUUCUGGAUUCUAAAAUACAAAGAGAAAUUAACAGAAAAAGUGACCAGUCUUGUGGAACGUUAUGAAUCUGCUUACAAGCGCAAGGAAGAAGCUAGCAGGGAGGAGACUUUAGCCUUGCUGAAAACUUGCAAAGUGAUUGGCAUGACAACUACAGGAGCAGCUAAACACAGGGCUGUACUUCAAGCUCUUGGCUGUAGGAUCAUUGUAGUGGAAGAAGCGGCAGAAGUGUUGGAGUCUCACAUUGUAACUGCCUUAAACAAAAACUGCAACCACCUCAUACUGAUCGGAGACCACCAACAGCUUAGACCAAACCCAACUGUUUAUGAGCUAGCUAAAAAUUACGGACUUGAAAUAUCUUUGUUUGAGAGGCUCAUCAAGAACAAAGUCCCCCAUGUCUUAUUGAAAGAGCAACACAGAAUGCGGCCAGAAAUUUCCAAAAUCAUGCGCCACAUCUACAAGGACCUAGAAGAUCAUCCUUCAGUUUCCAAGUAUGAAAGCAUCAGAGGAGUUUCAAAGAAUAUUUUUUUCAUUAACCAUAAUGAGAAAGAGCUAGAGGUGGAAGACACCCGUAGCAAAGCCAACCAACAUGAAGCAGAGUAUUUGGUUGCACUAUGUAACUAUUUACUAAACCAAGGCUACCAGCCAAGUCAGAUCACCAUCUUAGCUACCUACACUGGACAAGUCUUUGCCAUUAAGAAAAUGAUGAGGGGAGAAAAAAAAAUGACAGAGCCUGACAAGAAAAAUGCUCAUGUAAGAGUCACUGCUGUGGACAACUUCCAAGGGGAGGAGAACGACAUAAUCCUGUUGUCUUUGGUGAGAAGCAAUGCAAUGAGCAAUGUGGGAUUUCUCAAAGUGGACAACAGAGUCUGUGUUGCUUUAUCCAGAGCCAAGAAAGGCUUGUACAUAAUUGGAAACUUUGACAUUCUGUAUAAGAGCAGCACACUUUGGAGGAAUAUUAUCAAUGAAGCCAAAGAUGAUGGUUUCCUUGGCAACAGCUUGGAAGUGGUUUGUCCUAAUCACCCAGAUGUCAAACAAAACAUAAAGGAACCUUCGGACUUUAAGAAAUGUCCUGAAGGGGGUUGUGGUCAGCCAUGUAGCUUCAGGCUGCCCUGUGGUCAUGUCUGCGUUAAACAGUGUCAUGGUUAUGACAUUGAGCAUAAAGAGUACGUCUGCAAAAAGCCGUGUCCGAAGUCUUGCAAUGAAGGUCACAGAUGCAAACGUAAAUGUCAUCAAGACUGUGGAAAUUGCACCGAAAUGGUUGAAAAGAUCAUGCCCAUCUGUGGCCACAGGGACAAAGUUCAGUGCCAUUUGUCCCCAGCAAAAGCUGUUUGCUCACAAAGAUGUGAAUCUGUCUUGAGUUGCGAGCAUCAGUGCUCUGGAAAAUGUGGUCAGUGUUUUAAAGAUGUAAAGCAUGCCAAAUGUAUGACCCCUGUAUUGCAUUACUGGCAGUGUGGGCACUCUAGCACGGUGCCUUGCUACACCAAGGCUACUUCUAAUGAAUGCCAGAAAGUAUGUGACUCACUGCUAGAGUGUGGACACAAGUGUAAAGGUCUUUGCUCCCAGUGCCUCGAAGGAGCUAUCCACAUCAGUUGCAAAGAACCCUGCGACAAGCUGCUUCCUUGUGGUCACAGGUGUAAGAGCACCUGUGGCCUUCCUUGCUCUCCUUGCGAUGAAGAAUGCCCACUACAGUGCCGCCAUGCCUUAUGCUCUACCCCUGGCUCUGUUAAGCUUUGCAGCCAUAACUGCACACAGUGUAUAGAGAAAUGUGAUUACAGAUGUGGUCAUAGAGCCUGCAGCCAGCUUUGCUCAGAACCUUGUGAUGUGAAGCCUUGCCCUGAAAAGUGUACCAGAAAAGUUCACAUUUGUUCACCAGCAUGUGGAGGUAGAAAUAAUUGUAGACUCAAAUUACAAAACUGCAACCAUACCUGUGCUGGGCUCUGUGGUGAAAUGUGUGUCUGUUCUCACUGUGAAAAAAUCUCCACUAUUAAUGGUAUGAGACCCAACACACAGAAUAAUACACCAGCUACUGGAGAGAAAGAUAGUCUGCUGAUCAAAAUUCCAUCUUGCAGACACAUAUUCAAAAUGAGUGAUCUAGAUGAAUAUGUGAAAAGCUUUGACCCUAAUGGCGCAAGAUACAUCCCUUGUCCCGUAUGUUCUAAGCCAAUCAUGAGAUGCUGGCGUUAUGAAAGUAUCAACAAAGAAAGGAAUAAAAAGAGGGCAGCUCUAAAAAGUGAACUAGAGAAGGAGAAUUCAGUUUCGAAAAAUGAUUCUAAAAAGCUGAUUGAAUCACAAAAGAAAUUAACGGACCCAAACAUGUCAUCAUUUCAUUACAUUGAUACACACGCUGAAACAAGCACGGAGAAAAGUGCUAUCUCAAAUCAAUUCAAAUUCGCUUUUGUGCUAAGCGCUGUUUAUUCAAUAGUUAAUGAAAGCAGCGAUUUAUUUAACCUGCUGAAGUCCAGGAAGGAUGCCAUCAUAAGAGUUGGGAAAAAAAUGUCCAGUCAGUGCUGCAAGGAGAUGAGCGUGGAACUGACCAGGUGUCUUCAGCUAGCCUACCUCACAGAGCUGGAGAGUUAUGUCCAGCUGCAUGGUGUGAUUGUACCAGAUAACAUAUUGAUGCAACUGAAAGACAUCAGGGUACAGCUGGGCAACAUCAGACCUGACAAGCUCGUUUUGGACCGUUCUCAUGCAGUGAUCAUAUCUCUGAGGAGGCUGGUGAAGGACAGGCUGAAUGUGCCAGUUGUGCAGGCCAAAUGUCAGCUGAUGGAAGAAAGAUAUGACAAAGCAAUACAAGUCUUAAAGUCUAGAGAUGAUCAGAUGUUGUCUGAUGUCCUUCAACCAGUGGCCCUUGCUGCAGCUGCACCUGCCACAGCCUCACCUGCUUCCAUCCCUGGUAACCUAAUGUCAUCAAAAUCUGCUAUUCAGGAUGAGAAAUUAAGAUCUCUUCUCAAACGAGCGCAAGAAGAAAAAUUAUUAAAACGGAGAUUGGAAUUAUUAACAUUGUCUAAAGAAAAAGGGCCCAUGUAUGACUACAGACCAAGUCACACAACUCAAGCAGACUUUGCUGAUACUGAUUCUGAUGAUAGCACGUCCAGUUAGACUGUAAACGAUGUACAUAUUUGUCAUGUGAAAUGGUUUUAAUUUUUAUAUAAUAUGCUGAAUCUUUUAUAUCCUAGUUUUUACUAUGUCUGUGUUAGAUGUGACAAAAAAUGUAGGUCAAAGCUGGGUCUGCAUGUCACACUCAAAGACAGUACUUUUUUUAAAAGGAAAUUUCAUGUGUGUAUGGUGAUCAGAUAUGUAAUGUGCAAAGUACCUUUGAAGGUGCUAUUCAAGUUAUCUUAGAGCAUUGUCACAAGGGGCUUCAGUGAAGACGCAGGUAUAAAAGUCUUUGUGAAAUGCCUUCCUUGUGGUAUAAAAAGUGACCUCCUCAUCACCUUUUUUACAUUCAGCUUUGACCUUGGCUCUGCUCACCUUUCUGUCCUGUGAAAUGGUUGGCUGCUUUGUCAUGUGGUAUGCUCUCUGGACUGUUGCUUUGACAGUCCCUGGUUUAAACCCAGCCUCCAUUCCCCCCUUCCCCUGUCUUGUGGGAGGGUUUGGACUAGGAUAUAAUAAUCUUCAAUUCUGACAGAACAUCUGAAGUAUGUAAAAAGUAUGUGAUUAAUUGUGCAUCAUUUUUUUAAUAUUCUAAUUUAUAAUGAUUAUUAAUAAUAUACAUUUUAUGAAGAAAUAUUUCCUGUGUAAUUUUGAGAAUUUUGUAUCAAUAUAGAUAAACGUUUGAAGAGUUUUACAUUGGUCUUCUUAGUACUUAUAAUGCUGAGACUCUGAACCAUGUAAUUCUUUUUUUUUGCUCUUAAGUCCAGUAUUUUAAUUUCAUUUUUUUUUAUUUUUCAGUGUGUAUAUAUUCCAUUUCUAUGAAUAAAGUGAAUCAAGUGUUCACAAUUUCUAAUAGACAGCUUAUCUAUACAGAAAUGUCACAAUACUGGAAUGAGUGUUAAUAUGUUCUGGGAUGUGUGAUGACAUGUUCUUUCUUUUUUUUUUUUUUUAUUUUGAAGGUGGUGGUCAAUGGUUGAGGUAUAUUGCUGUUCUCCUUUAGAAAUUUCAUAUUCUCUAUUCUCAUGGUAGUUUGAUUUUUAAAUAUAUACAUAAAAGCAAAGUAUACUUUGACUUUGUUUAAACUUAGGACUCAUCCAUAGUCACAGUAUUUUUUUAUUUUACAAUGAUCUAUGUAAUGCUAUUUACAAAUACACACCAAACAUGAUGUUGCAAAUAUUAAAAAAAAAAGGUUUGUAAACUUGAUUUUAUAGGAGUUAUUUUAACUCCAUGUGACAGAGGCUUUGUUUACAUAUCCCCAUUCUUUCCUUCAAGCAUUCUCGCCAUUCCGGUGAUAGAAUGUAAAUGGGGCCUUUUUAAUUUUUUAAUCUAUUUCGAUAAUAAGUUGGCCCUCUAAUAAGAAUAACAUUAAAUAAAAAUUCAAAAAAGUGAUAGCAUAUCAAAUACCCACAAACUUGUUCUAUUGUAAAAAUAAAAUUAAGAAUCAUAAAUAUCGUUAUAGUUAUUGAAAUGUUAUAUCUCUCAACAUUGUUUUUUUUUUCUUACUUUGUACAAGAACGUUUUUAUUUUCAGUUUUUGUCUGUCUUACAAAAUUUUGCCAAGUAAAUUUAUAUUCCAUACACUUUAAACCUGUAUUCAACAAUUAAAUGAAUAUUAAAAACAUUUUUUUUUUAAAUGUAAUUCCAUUGUACUAUAAUUAUAGUCUGCAUUGUUAUUGUUUUAUCUCUGUUUUCCAUUUUUAACAUUUUUUUGUAACAUAAUACUUUGAUUUUACUAUUUAUUUUAGCUUAUGGUAUUAUGAAUAGAUACUUAAGUCAUUAUUUGUUUUGUCCUUUACUAUUUAAUUAAUAGUUUAGGUGCUUGGUGGCUGAGUGGUGCAUUUGGCUUCUGAACCUGAGUGGUCUUAGGUUUGGAUCCUGGUGAACAGUGGGACUUUUAGAAUGUCCCUCUAAGUCCUAUAAAUCCAUCCAACUCGAGUAAUACUUGGCAUUAGUUGGGUAGAGUAGGUCACCGUGCUGGCCACAUGAAACCCACAUCAACAAUUGGCCAUAGAAACUGAUGACCUUUAUAUCAUCUGCCUUAUAUAUUGCAAGGUCUGAAAUUUUAGCUACUAUCUUUAAGUCAUUUUAAAAGAACCAUGCACAAUUUGACAAUGUUCUUGCUACUCGUGUUACUAGAGUUAUUUUAAAGAGUUUUCACCAUUACCUUCUAACCCUAUGUAUCUUCAAUUAAUGAAAUAUGUUUCCGAGACCUUGCCAUUUCUGUGGUUAUGUGCUCUUGUCUGUUAUGUCUAUGUUCAGCAAGGUUGUGGGGACCUUUGGUCAAUGUGACUGCAAGCUAGCAUUUCUUUUCUUCAGCUCAGCUCAGCUAGUCGUUUCAAGCUAGGUAAACACUAGGUGUAAGCUCAAAUCUCAAAUCACCAAUAAAAAUUAUGGCAACCGUCAUAAAAAGUAAACCCAAAAGACCUUAUGAGUGUUAAACAACUUGACCACACGCAUCUAUCAAUCUGGAAUGAAAUAUUGAGACUUCCUCUACAUUCAAAUUAUGUAUUUAGAACAAGAACUUUUUUUUUAUUUAUUUGAAACUUUUUUAAUGAUACAAUAUAGUCGAAGAACAUGUCUAGCUAACCUCAUUCAACACUCGGUCACAACCUCAUUUUGGGGUUGAGUGCCCGCUUGGCAUAAGGAUUCUUUGUUUGGGACCUGUUCUCCUUGUUAAAAGAUAGCAUCAUACAGAUAAGAAUGGCAUUGAAGUUAUAGAUAGCAUCAUACAGAUAAAAAAGGCAUUGAAGUUAUAGAUAGCAUCAUAAAGAUAAGAAUGGCAUUGAAGUUAUAGAUAGCAUCAUAAAGAUGGGAAUGCUUUGUGUGAAUGAAUGCUAGAUUUAUUCCUGUUUUUAGUGGCGUAGCUAUGGUGGUGGGAGGGGUGGGAAGAAUUUGAAAAUCCUCCCUGGGCCCUCAAGUGAGAGUUUGAAAUUUUUUUUAGAUUAAAUAUUAUGCAAAAUGCAGGAUACUCCAGGGCCCCAAAUGAUGGCACCGCCACACAGUUUUAGACAUUCUUGUGUUAUAAAAACACAUUACUAGGUUUCAAUUUUAACCCAGAUAAAUUAAGGUCAUGUUGGCUAUUGAUUGUGUUAUUUAUUAACAAAGAAAUUGUGUGUUACUUUAACAGAAAUAAUCAUUUUGUAUUGUGUAUAAUGCAUUAUUAUUUUAACUAGUAAUUUUAUUUUGUCAGUUUUCACCAAUUUGACAAAUAAAAUAACGCUUUAAAUUUAUUUGUCCUAAUUUGAAAAAAAAAUAAUAAAUAGAAUACGAGCUUUUUAGA